UCUAUAUUGCCUUUUGCCACCACCACCCUUUGCCUUGAGACAAAGCUUUUUAAGCUUCUCAUUUUCCUAAGUCUCCUUCAUGUAAGAAAUCGCUCCUUUUAAUAUUCAUUCCAUUCAAAAAUCAAUCAAGGCCCUUUUAGGGUUUGGGUAUUUUAUUACAGCAACAAAGGAAAAGACAGAAAGUGCCAACGUCACACUUCAAAAAUGAAAACGAACACAAAAAAAAAAAAAUUGAUUUUUUUUUUUGAUAAAAAAAGAAAAAGAAAAAAAAAAGAAAAAGAAAUCUAGUGAUGAAUUGAGUGGAUAUUGGGCUUCUUCCUCGUCUUUGCUUUAGCUGACCUCCUUUGCAGAAUUUCUAGCUUUUUCUUGGGUUCCCUAGCUUGGCCUUUUUCCUCUACUUGUGUGUUAUUUCUUUUUUAUUUUCUUUUGUUUCAAGAAAUUUCCAAUUUGCCUCGCUUAGUCUGCCACCAUAAUCAUCACACUACCUGUACACUACAAGCCUACAAAAUAACACACCAGGCUGCUACUGAGUACUGAAAUAUCCUCUUCAUAAUUUACCCUGUCGCUCUCUAACUUCAAAUAGAGAGAGAGAGAGAGAGAGAGAGAGAGAGAGAGAGAGAGAGAGAGAGAAUCAUAUAGAAAGGAGAGACUUAUUGGAUAGUGAUGAGGUCCUGAGUCAAAAAAAAAAAAAAAACAUCUUAUUGUCUGUUCUUUCCAUGUUGGAUUUGCAUGGACAACAGCUCUUGAUAAUGGUCUGAGAGAGAGAGAGGGACAUCUGUAUUGUAUAGGUUUUGCAGAGUUGCUCAGACAAGCAAUCCAUGCCCCAUGGCCUAUCUAAGAUAGUGACAUGGAGAUCGAAUAACCCAUCAUCAUCAUCAUCAUCAUCAUCACUACUUCACGAGAUUGAAUAUAUAUUUUUUGCUUUUUAUUUUUUGCCACUCAAAAAUGAAUAUAUAUUUAUGUGUUUCUGUGCUUCUGCCACCUGUUGUUUCUGCUUAUUAGUUUGUGUCCAAAAGCAGCUAGCUGGGAUUCUCUCUAUUUUCUGCUUAGGUUUAAGUCUUUCUCAUUUCCCCUGCUAAUUUGUUCAAAGGUGCAAAAGUGAACAAGCAGGAAGGAGGGAGAGAAGAUCUCCCUAUUCUCAAAUAUCUAAAGAGAUCUCUCAUCAGCUUCCUUUCAAAUUUAAUUUGUUUUUCUCUGUUUUGGAGUUUUCCUCUCAGUCCAAGAAGCAACAAUGUUUCCUGCUAUGUCUAAUUCCACUUCUUUGUCUGAGGAAGCUAAUAGUCUUUCUUCUGACUUUGGCCCCUUAAACCCACUCCUUCUCUCCACCAAUAUUUCUCCUCAUCAAUCUGAUCACCAGCACCAGCAACCAACCAACAAAAUCAAAAAGAAAAGAAGUCUCCCUGGAAACCCAGACCCAGAUGCUGAAGUGAUUGCAUUAUCCCCAAAGACUCUACUGGCCACAAACAGAUUUGUGUGUGAGAUUUGCAACAAGGGGUUUCAAAGAGAUCAGAACCUUCAGCUUCACAGGAGAGGCCACAACCUUCCAUGGAAGCUGAAGCAAAGGAACAACAAGGAUCAGAUCAGAAAGAGAGCCUAUGUCUGCCCUGAGCCCUCAUGUGUUCAUCACCACCCUUCAAGAGCACUGGGUGACCUCACUGGGAUCAAGAAGCACUUUUGCAGGAAGCAUGGGGAGAAGAAGUGGAAGUGUGACAAGUGCUCCAAGAUCUAUGCUGUUCAAUCUGAUUGGAAGGCUCACUCCAAAACCUGUGGUACAAGAGAAUAUAGAUGCGACUGUGGAACCCUUUUCUCCAGGAAGGACAGCUUCAUAACUCACAGGGCAUUUUGUGAUGCUUUGGCUGAAGAAAGUGCAAAACUGUCAGCAAGCCAGUUAGCCGCCACCACCACCACAAACCCAAAUAUUAUGACACCUCAAAUAUCUCUCUUCCCUUUCCAAAACCCACCACCUCCCUUCACCACCAUCUCCCUCACUCCCUGGGACCCACCUCAUCAUCAAAACCCUAACCCUAACCUUAAUCACCACCUCAUCAAGACUGAAUCUCAUCACCACAACCAUUUCCCAACAACACAACCCCACAAGGGUUUGUUGACCUCACCCUUCCAAAACCUUCAUCUCAGCACACAUCACAGCUCAAAACCCUCCACGUCAUCCGCCCACCUGUCAGCCACUGCGCUCCUCCAAAAGGCUGCAACCGUUGGUUCUGCAUCAUCAGCAGCAGCCUCUGCUGGCCAACAGGCUCAGUCCGCUGGCUUGACCGUGGGCGAGUUUGGAACAGCGAGCCAUAUGAACAUGAUCUCGACCGACUAUCUAGGCGAGUUCACGUCCGGGGAUCUCACCACGUGGCAGAAGACUGACCGCCUGACAAGGGAUUUUCUUGGUCUGACCGGGGAUGGCACGGGGAAUCAUAAUGUUGGUGCUGUUAACGUCGUCAAGGACAUGCUAACGUACGCCGGGGGCGUAGAGUUCCAUCAACAGCAGCAGCAGCCGUACGAUCAGCCCCUGCGUGGUCAUAAUAAUUCGCUGCUGCUGAAGCCCCAAGGUUUUGGGUUCGCUGAGACCACUGCUGCUGCCUCGGAAACGUGGGGAGACUGUUGACUGCGUUGAGCCUCAAGUUUGACCGUGAGGGUAAAAGAGUAAUAUGGAGUUUUUUGAAAUGACAAAAAGACCCUUGCGUCCCAUGACCCUCCUCCAAACUCCAGACAUAAAUAUGGCAAAAAAUGGGUGAAAUUAAACUCUUUUUGGAUUGUGAUAGUUGUUUUUAUAUUUCGUACGUGAGUGAGUCUUUAGCUAUCGGUCACAAAAAAAAAUUUCCAUAUUUUACUAGCUAGCUUAAUUAUCUAUUAAUCUUUUUGUUUACAUUUUAUGAAGCAAUUUUCCUGAAAGGUCUUUACGUAUUUAGGAAAUCACAUAAGGAGUUUGACUGUGU